AUCGAUCACUUUGAACACAUACACACACUUUGAAGCUUAGAAAACAAGCUUAUCUCUUAAGUACAGCCUCUGGGAUUCCAAAAUCACAAAUUGAAAAGGUUAUGUUUUCUCAGCGUUUUGAGCACGAGUUGCGUCGAUGCAGCAAGCAGCGGCGGGAGUAAUACUACCACCUACGUUGCCAGAUUUCUUUGUUCACGGCUCGUAGUUGACGUCGGCUGUGAUAGAAUCCACCGAAAAAAUGAUCUUAAGCAAUAGAUUUGUGUAUAAACUAUUUUGGAAGUAAGCUCUGAACCAAUAAGAGAUAUGCGAAAUGCAUGCAAUUUCUGAAUAACAAUUGCACUCGAUGCUAGAAAAGAUUUUCGCUGGAGGUCAACAGGUACUGUUACUUUAUCUCGGCGAUUAAAUGUUUAAAAAAUCGGGUGGUCCGUGACUUUCUGCUCAACGCACGCUUUACUCUUGUUGAAUCAGUGGCAAAAUGAACGCGAUAGUCAAGGACCGAGAUGAGAGGCUUAAGAUGGCACUUAGGUCUCAAGAAAAGACACUGGAGCAGCUGCAAGUAGAUGUGAACAUAAUUAAGGAAUGGUUGAAGAAUCAGAAACAUCUGCCAGAAAUGCCACACGAUCAUAUGAUACAAAACUUCCUGCUUCUGAACAAAUUCAGCAUUGAAGCAACCAAGCAAAAGUUAGACAUGUAUUAUACAUUAAGAGGUGUUUUGCCUGAGGUGUUUGAAAAUAAGCAUCCCAAUUUACCUCAUAUGCAACAGAAUAUGAAGGCAAUAUACAUCUUCAUGCUCCCAAAGCUAACCGACGAUGGUAACAGCAUAGCUGUCAUGAGAAUCGCAUCUGAAAAUUCCAACAUCCUCGAAUUAGAUCCGUACAUGAUCUUCGCCCAUAUGUACAACGUAGUAGAAGUUCGACUACAUGAAGAUGUCGCCUUGGGUGACAUUUGCAUCUACGACAUGGCUUAUUUUCCGAUCCGGCAGAUCGCCAGGUUGAAUCCGGUGUUGAUGAGAAAAGGAACCAUUCCUUUAGAAAAAAUAUAUAGCUCCAGAGUAAAAGCAAUCCACAUCCUACAUGCACCAGGAUAUGCGGAACCUCUGAUAAAAUUGAUAAGGCAACUAUUGAAUCCAAAGUUGGCAGAAAGAAUUCACAUUCAUGAUUCGGUAGAUGGUCUUAAGAAAUUUUUGCCGAAUAACGUCUUACCAAAGGAUUAUGGAGGUGACUUACCACCUCUACAAGAAAUCAAUGAAUCUUGGAUGAAAGCCUUUGAAAAGUACUCGGAUAGGUUUGAUACGAUUGCAAAACUGAAGGUUAACGAGCAACUGAGGCCUGAACCGCUAGUAAACGACGACAUACUGGGCGUGUAUGGCAAUUUCAAGAAACUGAACGUCGACUGAAUGGAACAAAACCAAUUUGUAUGAAAAUAUAUACAUCUAGCAAAUUAGACAGACUUUAAUGUUCGUUAUACUCAACAUCCUUACUCUCCUGCGGAGACACGUUACACUUUGUUAUCGUUUGUUACAUAUAGUCGAAAUCACGAUUACGUCAUCAUUUUAGUAUGUAGUAAAGACUAACGACAGCGAUAUGUGAAUAUUUUUAAUGAAGUUUCAGAUAUGUUAGACAGAGACAAACAUAAUUUUAUUGUCUAAACAAACUGUAUUGCUAAGUCGCAGGUAUCCGAUAAAGAUAGACGAUGUUUUCAUGUUGCAUGAUCGAUCAUAUUUGAAAGAUGAAUAGUUAGGUUAUGUUAAAGCAAGUUAGGUUGUUUCCGAAUAAUACUUUGGUCUUUGGUGUUCUUGUC